GUUUAAACCCACCCAGCGAUGCAGGGAGAAAAGGCCUGGUGAUCUACUUUCAUUAAGAUUACCGCCAGGAAGGUCCUAUGGAGCAGUUCUACAUGGGGGCGCCAUGAGUCACAGUCUGCUUUAUGGCGACGGGUUUGGUUUUUUGGUAUUUUUGUUAUUAUCAUUUUCAUCUUGGAUAAUCAUGAAAUAGGAUGCAUUUUUGCAUAUUAGUAGCUCUGAAGAGAGUCAACUUUUUAAAUUUUGCUUAACCUGUCCAACCCUAGAAGUUUCUUUUUCUGGAAUGUCUAUCGCUUUGCAAAGAGCUAGUGUUCCACUAAAGACAUAUGGGAAAUACUGGACAGUUUUAUAACUUUUGGUGAUUAUAUGUUAAAAGCAUUUAAUCUUCCUCUCCACCACCAUAGUACUCAAAGUAGAAUUUCUCCUUUAAAUCAAGCAAAUUAUCUAAAACUAGAACUCUAUUUCUAAAUUGAGAUUUUAAGAAAUACUAACACUUUGGUGUCAAAUUCUCCAAUGUAUCUUUUAGGUGUUUUGUUCUACUUAGUAGGGAAAAGUUAGGAAACAAGGAAGCGGAAUAAUUAACAGGAUUUUCUGCCGUUUCUUUGCAAAAAUGGCAACCAGUGAUGCUGUUCUGAAGAGACUGGAACAGAAGGGGGCAGAGGCAGAUCAAAUUAUUGAGUAUCUGAAGCAGCAAGUUGCUCUUCUAAAGGAGAAAGCAAUUUUGCAGACAACUUUGAGAGAGGAGAAGAAACUUAGAGUUGAAAAUGCUAAACUGAAGAAAGAAAUUGAAGAACUGAAACAAGAGCUAAUCCAGGCUGAAAUUCUAAAUGGAGUAAAACAAAUACCAAUCCCAUCUGGUACUCAACUGCAAGCUAAUUCUACACUUUCUGGAAAUGAAAUACAGUCUGCACCACCAACAACCAUAUCUUCUGGUGGCAAAGAACAGAUAAACAGAGAAGGAGAAGAAAAGAAGGUGAAAGAGAAAACUGAGAAGAGAGGAGAGAAGAAAGAGAAAAAACAGCAGCAGUCAGUAGCAGGAAGUGCUGACUCUAAGCCAAUAGAUGUUUCCCGUCUAGAUCUUCGAGUUGGUUGUAUCAUCACUGCCAAAAAACAUCCUGAUGCAGAUUCUUUGUAUGUAGAAGAAGUGGAUGUUGGAGAAACAGCCCCCAGAACAGUUGUCAGUGGCCUGGUGAAUCAUGUUCCUCUAGAACAGAUGGAAAAUCGGAUGGUGAUUUUACUUUGUAACCUGAAACCUGCAAAGAUGAGGGGAGUACUGUCUCAGGCAAUGGUGAUGUGUGCUAGUUCACCAGAGAAAGUUGAAAUCUUGGCUCCUCCUGAUGGCUCUGUUCCUGGAGACAGAAUUACUUUUGAUGCUUUCCCUGGAGAGCCUGACAAGGAGCUGAAUCCUAAGAAGAAGAUUUGGGAGCAAAUCCAGCCUGAUCUUUACACUAAUGCUGAGUGUGUGGCUACAUACAAAGGAGCCCCCUUUGAGGUGAAAGGGAAGGGAGUAUGCAGGGCUCAAACUAUGAGCAACAGUGGAGUCAAAUAAAAUAAAAUGCUUCAGUUACUGAAAUUCAUUGGAGAAAAUUUUAAUAACAAUAAAAAAGAAUAUAUUUGUCACAUGUAACUCAAAA